AUGGCAUCCUCCAACAACAGAACCUCCACAUAUACCCAAUCCAGCGAUCAUGACAGACCCAAGAGCGCAGAUGCGAAGAAGGAUAUGUGGUUUACCUUGCUAGAUAGUGUAGCCAGUGGUAAAAGGUUACCUGAGAAGAACAUACUGGUUCUAGGAGGGACUACAGAAACGCAAAAGGAGUUUUUGGAAACAUUAUCGGCGGAUGAUACGAGGAAGAGCUCAGAAAGGCAGAGUAGUAAACAGCCGCCUGUUGCUAAUAACUUUGCGCUGGGGUAUACGUACCAUGAUGUUUUAGAUGCUGAUCAUGAGGAUAUCCUGGCACGACUUUCUCUAUACCUCCUCGCCGACCCGUCGCCAUCAUUCACGCCUCUCCUCCAACCUCUCCUCACACCGGAAACUAUUCCCAAUACACUUAUUGUAAUAUUACUGGACUGGUCAGAACCAUGGUUUUGGUUGCGUCAAUUACGAGACUGGAUACGACUUCUUCGAACGUUACUUGUUUCAUUGAGCGUGGAAUCGAAAGAGAAAAUGGAGGAAGUGAUGCUUAGUUGGCGGGAUAGAGGGCGUGGGGGGAACAAUCUUGACGGGACCCCUACGGCUAGUGGUACGGAUGGCGAUGUCAGUUUGCCAUUGGGUCCUGGAGAAUGGGAAGAAGGUCUUGGAUUGCCAUUAUGCGUGGUCUGUCAGAAUUCGGAUCGAAUAGAGAAUCUGGAAAAAGAACGAUCAUGGAGGGAAGAGGAAUUCGAUUUUAUCCUACAAUUUCUACGGACAAUUCUACUUAAACACGGCGCAUCACUUAUAUACACAAUACCAUCCGUCACAAGCCCUUUACAAAGUCUCAUACAUUCAUCUCUCGGAAUACACUCGCUUCUCAAGAAACAGCCAUUAAAACACAACGUUAUUGACCGCGACAAGGUUCUGGUACCUCCAAACUGGGAUUCCUGGGGCAAGAUCAGGGUGUUACGAGAUGGCUUCGACGUCGAAGCAAUCAACAAAGCCUGGUCCGUCGACAUAGAAGAAUCCUCAUCACUCAUCACAACCACAAACACAGAAGUCGAAACCACAUCUCCAAAACCCCCAAGCGCAGCAGUCGAAUCUUAUGAAGAACAAAUCCGCGAUCCCCGUCUCGAUGCUCUUCAAGCCACCUCCUCGGAAGCUCAUGGCUCAAAACUCGAAGUCUCAUCUCUCGAAUCCCAAGCCUUCCUAGCAACCCAACUCGAAGUCCUAGAAAAUAUCCGCCAAGGUAGCGAACCCUCGGGUAUGGAUAGCAGUCGUCUCGCUCCCGGUCGAAGUAUCUCCCAAUCUGGCGUCGAAGGCAGCGAUGAUAUGACUGCCGAUGAGGGGAGAGUAAAUGAACAUAUCGGUCCGGUGCAGUUUAACAUGGGCGGUAUACAAGUUGACGCCGAUGACAUGUUACAGCGAUUAAAAGACCGCCAAAACUACGCAACACCCGAACCAUCUUCCCCCAGCCUAGGCGGCGGCGGUGACGGGAAAUCUCAAAACGAAGCCCUCGCUUCCUUUUUCGCGGGGCUGAUGAAGAAAACGGGGGGGUCUGUGGCGGGGAGUCCGAAACCUACGAGAUGGCGUUCAAGUGCGAAGAAUUCAGACGCAGCCAAUCAGGAAGAAUAUGGCGUAGAGUAUGAGAGGAGAGAACAUGCUGUUGUGGACUUGGCGAGAAGAGCAUGA